UAAGUGAUAACGAGCAUGAUGCUGUGGAUGGUAUGCUUUCCGGAACCAGCUGAAGCACACCUACUAGCUUCAUACGAGUCCUUUACUCCGCAGGUCAGCGACGAGUGUAUCCACGUGUUUUACCCUGAUAUCUGCGACAAGCAAGACGAGAUCGCUCAGCUGGCUGAGGACAUCGAGGCGCAGCAGAACUUGUUGAAUGCGAGUAAGACGAGGAUGGAAGCAGCACAGAACAAGCUGGGCGUGCUGGCGACGACUCUGACCGACCUCUACAAUAACAACUUCUUGGCGGCGCAGCUGUUCAACGGUAUAGUCGAGGAUGCGGACACGGUCAAGGCCAUCAAGCUGAAUCUUGAGUCAAUCGUGGGCGCAUCGAAGGCCGACGAGAUCAUGCUCGGCGCGUACGACAACGCACUCGCCAUUGCCGACUCGGCCGACACGCAGGUGGAAUCAUUCAAUAAGGAAGCGGGCGUCAACGUCGCCAUCCACGGUUCGCUGCUCGCGUUCACGUUCGUCAUCGUCCCACUGCUCAGCAAGGGCUACGGCAAGUGGAAGGCAAAAUACAGGCCCAUCAUCGAAAUCUCAAGUCGUCCUCGCUCCAACGCAAUCAGUCUGACGUCAUCGCAGGCACAACGACUGCGGUUUAAGGUCGGCGCCAUCGCUGCGGGUAAGGUGCUCUUCCGCGGAGUCCGGUUUCUGCUACCGCUCGCCGGCGCUGGUCUGCUGCUCGGGUUCAGCAUCAAGCAGGAGUCGGAUGUCCACAGCUACCUGGUCGAGUCGCUGAAGACGUUGAGGGAAGCCAAGUUUGAGCUGCUGGCAAAGAACAUCGACGCAACACACACGGAAGCAGAGCAGGCGGCGUCGCUUGUCGAAUUCAAUGAGAUUUUCGUUAACAUGACGGACACGUACGAGCUCGUCUCGCGUCCGGUGACAGACACGCUCUGCACGUCCUGCAUCGACUGCCCGGAGCUGUCGGCAACCUACUGCACGGAGAAAUGCGGCGGCGACGCGACUUGCGUGACGAAGUGCGAGGCAUCUCAGGCGCAGAAACUGUGCGCGUCGUGCAACGCCACGGCCGGACUGUACGUGUGCGACGCCGUCACGACCAAAGUCAGCGACAAACUCGAGCAGGAAAACAUGCACGUGUUGAAGAAGUUACAGGAGAACUUCCUGAAGCUGCUGACGGCGCAGAAGAACUCGCUCAAGUUCGUGCUCGGCUACAUGAAACUUCGCUCGGACGCUCUCAGUUACAUCGUCAAAGUAGCCACGCUCACACCGCCGAAGACACUCGCCGCCAUCGUACAGGACCUGCAGCGCAUCCCCAACUACCCGGACUACACGCGCACGCAGGUCAUCGAGUUCCUGCACGCUGCAAAGCCGACCUGGACGACGUUUGACGGCUGUAGUCUGACGACGGGCGCAUGCUGGGACACGAUCGUUGCCGACGGCGUCUCCAAGAGCCAAGCUCCGUCAGUCAUCCUUGUCGAGGUGAACAAGCUGGAUGCGACGAAGACGCUGAAUGAAGUGUUGGCGGCGAUCAAGGGGUUGCGUCCGACGCUAACGCAGUAUCAGUUCUGUCUGCUCGCGGCGCCAUUCACCUGCGCCGAGAGGAAGAUCAACGAGUGGAUCCACAGGACGAGACCACGCAGCGUCCCCUUCAUGGAGGAGUUGCUAUUUGAACUCGGCUUCUCUACGAUCACUGAGAGACAGGUGUUGACCUUCGUCGCCAAGCUGCUGCCUGGACAGACCACGUACAAGGGUUGCAGCCUCACCACGCUCACGUGCUGAGCACGUGAUCACGUACAAGGGUUGCAGCCUCACCACGCUCGCGUGCUGAGCACGUGAUCACGUACAAGGGUUGCAGCCUCACCACGCUCACGUGCUGAGCACGUAAUCACGUACAAGGGUUGCAGCCUCACCACGCUCACGUGCUGAGCACGUGAUCACGUACAAGGGUUGCAGUCUCACCACGCUCGCGUGCUGAGCGCGUGAUCACGUACAAGGGUUGCAGUCUCACCACGCUCGCGUGCUGAGCGCGUGAUGUGUGCAUGUGUGUGUGCGUGUUUGCGUGCAUGUGUGCGUGUGUGCGAGCGUGCAUGUGUGCGAGCGUGCAUGUGUGCGUGAUUGCGUGCGUGCGUGCAUGUGUGCGUGCAUGUGUGCGUGCAUGCGUGCGUGCGUGCGCGCGUGUGUGCUAGCAUGCGUGUGCAAUAUAUGCGCGUGUGUGUAUCUGCGUGUGUAUGUCGGUGUGGUGACGCGGGAACCAUGGUGCGGGAUUACAGAACUUACUCAAUCGAAUAUCUCUUCUUUCAAAUAAAAUUUAGCAAAAUCG